GCUUCUAUGCUGUAUCCUUCCUGUGGAUCAUUACGCAAUCACUUCGGAACAGAUCAACCUCACGGUCCAGGCAGCGUGCUGGGAGAUUGUGCAGUCAUUCAAAAAGCUGGGAGAGGUUGCCAGGCUAUUCUUCUACGUUGCCGGAUUCCGGGGCGACUGGAAGGCGCUCAAGCAAGUCUUUAAUUUUGAUAGGUACGCAGACCGUGACGAGGUUUGCUGGAAGUGCUCAGCCACGAAGGGCUUGCGCGAUGUUGCUUAUGCUUUCACAGACACCCGUGAGUGUGCCAGAUUUUGGGAAGAUCUCCAUACUCAGUGCCCCUGGAAGUAUUUGCCAGCCUACGCCACGCUGCCGGGCUUCGAAAUCAGCGCCAUCGUGCCCGAUCUGCUGCAUGUUUGGCAUCUCGGUGUCGGCCGGGAUGUGUUGGGUUCAAGUCUUGCCAUUAUGUUGAGCAACCGCGUGUUUGGGCCAGGGUCCGCGAUGAACAAGCUUAUGGAAGCAACAAACCGUUUGCGUCGCUUUGCAAGUUCUUCUGGAUACUCGCUCCGGCUCAAGAAGUUGACCAAAAACAAACUGAACUUGAAACAGCGAUGCUAUCCAGAGCUUAAGAGCUCUGGGUUUGACACGUUUAUUGUCCCUGCUGACGUCAUUGCUUGCCUUUGGGCCUCCAACCAUUUCUUGAGCAUCUGGACGAACGCCGGAAGGUGGUUGAGCCCAGCUGAGCACGCCAACGUGAAGGAAGCUGGCGAGAUUUUCAUGCAAGCGUAUUGCGCCUUGGCAAAGAAAGCUGCUAGGGAUCAAGUGCGUUUGUACAAAGUGCGGCCCAAACUGCACCUUUUGCACCAUCUGGUGCGACAAGAGACGCGGAAAAAUCCGCACUACUUCGCCACUUGGAUGGAUGAGGAUGGGCUAAAGAAGUUGAUGAAGGUUUUGAAGCUCAGUGAUGCCAGAAGCGCCGACAAGCGCUUGUUGCAGAGAUGGCUACUCGGAUUGCCUGACACGUGGAAGCAGGUGCGAGCUGCAAAAAAACACUCAGGCAGCGGCUUUUUUUGA